CUGUCGCCCAGUUAGCUUAGCUUCUCCCGGUAGUUACGGUCGUUAUUUACGUUGUUCACGUCAUCAACGUGCGACGCACAAUAUACGGCGUUUUUCCCCGUUUGCUGAACAACUGCUCCGUGUAAACAAAAUUACACACCAUAUUUUUUAACAGCUUUGGCAUUAUUCUAACGGACGGUGUGGUGUUGGUAAGAACUACUGUGAAGAGUGUUUUAUUUGAGUCCAGUAUGAGCGGGGGUUUGGCACCAAGCAAAAGUACCGUCUAUGUGUCGAACCUGCCAUUCUCUCUCACCAACAAUGACCUACACAAGCUAUUCAGCAAAUAUGGCAAAGUUGUAAAGGUCACGGUGGUUAAGGAUAAAAACACUCGGCAGAGUAAAGGAGUGGCGUUUGUUCUCUUCCUGGAUAGAGAGUCUGCUCAUAACUGUGCAAAAGCAGUGAACAACAAACAGUUAUUUGGCAGAACGGUUAAAGCCAGUAUUGCCAUAGAUAAUGGACGAGCAGCAGAAUUUAUAAGGAGACGGAACUACACAGACAAAAGUAGAUGCUACGAAUGUGGGGAUUCCGGACAUUUGAGCUACGCAUGUCCCAAAAACAUGCUGGGAGAGAGGGAACCUCCGAAGAAGAAAGAAAAGAAAAAGAAGAAAAAGGCUCAACAGCCCGAGCAAACCGAAGAAGAAGAAGAAGAAGAAAGUGAGGAAGAGGGAGAAGACCCAGCUUUAGAUAGCCUAAGCCAAGCCAUAGCUUUUCAGCAAGCCUGUAUUGAAGAAGAACAGAAAAAACAGAAGAGGCUGGCAGAGGAUAAUGCUCACGCUUCAACGUCGUCAGACUCCAAGAAGCCACGGAUCAAAAAGAGCGCAUACUUCAGUGAUGAGGAGGAGCUCAGUGACUAAUGGAUGUAUAGACUUUAAUGUUUUAUUUGGAUAAAUAUGGACAUUUUUUGAGCUGUUUUUUUUGUGCAGGUGUAAAAUAUGUUUCAAACUUUAUCAAAUGUUGAUAAAGUUAGAAUUGACACCCAAAAAAGUCAAUGUUUUAAGUGCAAAAUCAGAUUUAAAAAAAAAAAAAAAGCCAAACAGUUUGGGUACUGCUUGGCUGCUUGUAGAUAAAAUCUGAUCUUUUUUUAUGCUGCCAGUUUUCUAUUAAAUUUCAAAGGUGA